AUGCGCUUGCUGCUGAUCGACCCGCCUCUUUCUCAAAGAUCCUCCACAGUCGGACGAGGCCAAGCCGUGGCUCAACGCCGCCAUCCCGCCCUGGCGGCGCCCCAACGACGUCGUCGCUACUGGGGUCGGAGACGGUCGCUGGAAAAAGGCAUCAUCCGUCGCGCCGCCGUGGCCUCCCGCGCUUGCCCUGAUCCAAAUGCUAGCAGCAAACGCCAACAUGCGGUGAGCACUGUCCUCGACAACUCUCUCUCCCCCUCCCUCCCCUUCUUCUGGCGCCUCUCCGGGGAGACCUCUGUCGAGGGGCGAGUCAGCCUCGCCGACGUCUCUGAGUUUGUAUGGUGGCCAUGGUACACUUUCCAAGUAGAUAUGUACGUACUAUGUAUGUGCGCUGCAUCAUCACCACCACCACCACCACUGCCGCUGCCGCCCGCCUUGCUGCCUCAAUAUUGCCAGCAAAUCAUGCGCUUCUGCAUUCUCUAUUGCUUCGCCAGGCUCGACUCUCCACUGCCGCCCUCGCUAUUCUGCAAAAUGCAGGCCAAUCAGUCGCAUACCCCCAAACUCCAUGGCGGCCCUGAUGCGGACAAGUCACCGCCAUGGUGGUUAGCAUUAGACUGCUUUGGCGCCCCAGUGCACGCCGUGACUCGCUUCCGCUCCCUCAAUGUGCCAUACCUCUGGCGGGACGAUGGGCAAGCCAUCACAAUAUGGCUUGCGACGGGUCCAACUGUGCAGCCCUUCUUGAUGUAG